UUAUUAUAUAUUAUUUAUUUUAUUUUCCUAUUGAAUGUUAGUACUCAUUUAGCCAUCAUUUAAAAAUUUUCCUUUCCUUAUAGCAUUUAUUGGUUAAAUUCAUCCGCAAAUUUUUAAGCUAAGAUGGCUUCUUCGACUACUAAUAACAGUGGGACGACACCUAAAAAAAGUAAAAAGAUGGAAAAUAACUUAGAAUGUGGUGAUGGUGAGGAAUCCCGAGAUUAUGACGCUGAAACGCAAAAAGCACUUGAAGAAAUUGAUGCAUGUCAAAAUGAAAUUGAUUUUAUGAACGAGAAGGCCAGUGAAGAAAUAUUAAAAGUUGAACAGAAAUACAAUAAACUUAGAAAACCUCAUUUUGAAAAGAGAAAUGAACUGAUCAAAAAAAUACCAAAUUUUUGGGUCACAGCGUUUGUUAAUCAUCCACAAAUAUCCGCCAUUAUGGAUGAAGAAGAAGAAGAAUGCCUUCAUUAUCUCAACAAACUUGAAGUAGAAGAAUUUGAAGAUAUUAAAUCAGGCUACCGCAUAAAGUUUCAUUUUGACGAAAAUCCCUUUUUCCAAAAUGAUGUAUUAUGCAAAGAAUUUCACCUAGGAACAUCUGGUGAUCCUGAGUCCUUAUUUACGCCCAUCACAUGGAAAGAAAACUGUGCUCUAUCUAAAAAUGUUGCUGCCAUGCUAGCAAAUCCAAGAAAAAGGCCCCAUGAUAAUCGGACAUUUUUUUCCUGGUACCUCUCUUAUGGUGAUGUGUCAGCUGAUGAAAUUGCAGAGAUAAUUAAGGAUGAUAUCUGGCCUAAUCCAUUACAAUAUUUCUUAGUUCCUGAUAUGGAUACUGAAAAUGGUCUUGAAGUUGGUGAUAGUGAAGGUGAUGAAGUUGUUGAAGAAGGAGAAGGUGAAGAAAUUGAAGGUUAUGAUGAUGAUGGGGAGCCAGAAGAAUCAGAAGAUGUUGCAGCUUUGGAUGAGGGUGAAGAUACAAAUGAAGGCAAUGAUGAAGCCACUUAAAAAAAUAUAUAUCAUAAUAUUUGUAAAUACAUUUUUUUUAAUUUUCCCCUCCAAUUUUUAGUUACAAAAUAAUUUCAAUGUUGUGCAUCUUCCCUCUUAUCUCAUAAGGACAUAUGACUUUUUAAAUUGUUUAUAUAAUUUAAUGUACUGGAUGAAAGAUGUACUUAAUUUUAAAA